AUGUCGACCCAGAUCAGCGUAAUUAACAUCAGAGACAAAUGUCUGGAGGAGAGGCAGCCCACAGACUUAGGACUGAGCGGUUCAGCGUACCGACCCAGUCAUGCUGAGAAGCCAUUGGAAGUGGACCAUGGGGGUCAGUAUCUUCCAAACAGAAUAUCUUUGUUCAGUAUUGCAGUAUUGAGAGAACUUAACACAUGCCCUGCCGAUUAUAUCUUCCUGCCCUAUGCCAUUCUUUUGUUUGUUUGUUCUAUUACCCAUCCAUUUCUGUGUUACAGGGAUGUACUGCUGUGGGUUCUAGGUGUUUUGCUGCUGCUGUUCAGUAGUCUAGAUGUUUGGUACUAUCUGCGGGCUGUGUUGGUGGUGAUCCGAGCCUGGUUUCUAAAACCUGUGUGGGAUGUCCUGGCUGAGCAAUCUAUGGAUGGUCGAGUGCUUCUCCAUGACGUGGAUUUGUGCCAUAUGAACAAUGCCCGAUAUCUACGGGAGUGUGAUUUUGCAAGGUACUCUCUGUACACUCGCAACGGGGUGUUCAAGGCCACGAGAGCCUUGGGAGCCACCAUGGUCGUUGGAGCGACCACCAUCCGCUACAGACGCGCACUGUGUGUGGGUGAGAGCUUCGAACUGCGUAGCCGUAUUAUCUCCUGGGAUGACAAAUCCUUCUACCUGGAGCAGAGGUUUGUGUCCAGGAAAGAUGGGCUGGUCUCUGCUGUCAUGUACUGCAAACAGAAUGUUCUCCGUAGCAGCCCUGACAAGAUCAUGCAGUUUUUAUGCAAGAGAAAGGUUGAAACACCAGAAUAUCCACAGGAUCUCCAACACUGGAUUGACUUUAUCUCUGCUAGUAGCCAGGCUUUGAGAUCAGAAAGUGGCCUGGAGGAGAAGAACAAGUGA